UUUAGCACAGAUCUGUCACCAAAACCCAUCAUAGCAAACGUCAACCAAGUCAUCAUAAUAAACGUAAUUCAGGGGGACUUGACGCGAAUCACCUCUUGAACAAUAAUAUUAUUAGAUAUCAACAAAUCUAUUUUAUCUAAUCGACCGGAUAAGGUAUGGCAUGUACCUUAGUAUAACAAAACUGAAUUAUCUUUUAGAAGUGCAAUUAAAUCAACUAGUGCAAACAUGGAGCCGUCUGAAGAAGUGAGCAAGAGUUUAAUCGUGUGGCUACGUGCAAUCAUACCAGAACGAACACGCAAUAUAUCAGAAAUAUCCGAUGGUGUUGCCAUUCUAAAAGCAUUGAUACAAAUGUCUCCUGCGAAUUUUUACAAACUUGAUGGUAAAAUUAAAAGUGAUAUAGGAAAUACCUAUAUUAAAAACUCCAAUCUAAAGAAAAUCUUAUCCACAAUAAUGGAGUUUUAUAAUGAUGCUCUCAAUCUGCAAAUCAUGGACAUAGGUUGUCCUGAUGUGAACAAAAUUGCUGAGACACAGGAUUUAAAAGAGUUGGGUAAGCUGUUAAGGUUAGUCUUGGGUUGUGCAGUACAUUGUGAAAGAAAGCAAGAAUAUAUUACACAAAUAAUGGCUCUGGAGGAGUCAGUGCAAAGGUGUAUUAUGCAAGCUAUACAAGAACUUGAAGAAUUGACUGGGGGUGUUGGUAAAUCAGGCAUUAGUUUGUUGAGUCUUGAUUCUGAAACUAGAAUAAUGAAAAUAAUGCAUGAAUUGGAGCAGGCAAAUGAAGCCAAGGAGAUUCUAGCACAGCAGUGUCACAAUUUAGAAUCAAAAGUUCAAAGCCUACAGGAAGAAAAACAAACACUACUAUCUGAGAAUCAAAUUUUAGCUACGCAAAUUAAAGAACGGCAAACACAUGAUUUUCCACGCGGGUUAGAAAAUCGUAAACAAAUUGACCAUCUGAAGGAGGAGAUUUUUCGAUUGGAAGUCGUCCGUGAUGAUUUAGGUGCAAAGCUGAAAGACCAAGAGAAGGAUCUUCAAACUGCGCAAGAUAAAAUCUCUGAAUUAUUACACGCUGCGGAAGUCAACGCUCGAUUGAAAGAUGAAGUUGACGCCCUGACUGAAUCUGCAGAAAAGGUAAAAAAUUUAGAAACCGCACUAGCUUCAUACAAGAAAAAGCUAGAAGAUUACGCCGAUGUUAAGAAACAAUUCAAAGUUUUGGAGGAGAAAAAUGUCGAAUAUUUACAACAGAACUUGAAGCUAGAAGAAGAACUAAAGAAACACCACAGUUGGAAGAAUUCCUCAGAUUUAUACAAAACACAAGCUUCGGAAUUAGAAUUAAAACUGGAUGAAGAAACACAACGUCUGGAUAAAGCCCUGUUUCAGAACAAAAACCUUGAAUCAAAACUAGCAGCAAUGCAGGCGGAAAAGGAACGCUUGGAACGUGAACGUGUUACUCUACGUGAAGAAAACGAUGAACUUCGUUUGAACACAAAUAAAGGCGGCGAUGGAGCAGCGAUGGCUCAAGAAUUAGCUCCCACUGAGAUGAAAGAACGCUUGCGGUUUUUAGAAAAAGAAAACUUAUCACUUCGUGCGGUGAAUCAAGACGCUGAAGCGCAACAAAUGCGCUUGGAAGACGCCACUGCACGAUUAAAGAAACUCACCGAACAAAACCGCACUCAGAACUUACGCAUUCUGGAACUGGAAGCACUGGUAGAGAAUACCAGACUGGAAGACCGAGCAAGUGGAAUGGCAAGUGGCGAUGACAGCCUCAAAGAUUGCAAAGCAAAGAUUGUACAACUCCAGGAGGUAUUGCAGGGUAAAGAACAAGAAUUAAAUAUUAUGCAGGCAAAAUACGCGAGGAGCGUUGAAAAAGCCCGAGAGAUAUCAAUAUCUCUUCAUGGAAAAAGCAACGGUAGUAUUGAGUCACUCCCGACGCGUCAUCAACCAACUAUGAAAGAAGAAGAAAUUCGGUUGAUGACAGCAGCUUUUUAUAGAUUUAGUUCCCAGUUGCAUAGAAAUGCUGUCGAUGAGAAACUGGCGCUGUUAAGUGCAGGCCAAGGACAAUCGUUUCUUUCCAGACAAAGGCAACCCACGCCCAGGAAACCCGUGACGCCAUUUAAAUCAAAAUAAUUGGUGUGAACAAAGAUUUGAACAAUAUUUUAACUGAUUUUAUGGAUUUGAUAUAACAAGUAAGACAUUUUAUUCAUUGUUUUGUUUCUAUUUAUUUUUUAGAAAUAAAUAAUUUUUAAUAA